AUGGCAUUUCAUGAAUACACUGUUUAUGGGGCAGUUGGAGAAGCCUUGGGACACUUCAAUCGUGUCUCCGAGCAUUUUAGAAACCACCAACAACACGACAUCGCCAACAUAAUUGGAAAACUGUGUGUUGAGCUUGUCCAGGUGGUAGAAGAGGGUAUAAUACAUGUCCUCGAAAACCAGAACACCGUCGAUGUUAGGAACCCCAACUUUUCUGCGGCCGGCUCGGAGAACCCUGUCUCAUUUGGUGUUCAGCAGCAGGCAACCAUGGCCCUGAGAUGUGAGGCAGACAUGAGCGAGAGUGAGACCAGCAGCCAUGCGAUGAACAAGCUCCCAGCACCGCCUGGGCUUACAAUCCAGCCCGGUGCUGGGAGCUGGGCCGAAAUCGCCAACAGAUCGGUCACUGCCGGACCUUCUCAGGAGGCAGCGCAGUUGAUGUCUCCUGGUGGGUCAAUUUCUAGUAGAGAGGUGGUUGCAGCCCGUCCUGCUGCAUCGCCAGAGCCCGCAGAGGAGAAAGCCGGCAUCGUCCGUAUCUACGGACCGGCCAAAAAGGGCGACUUCCGCCACAUUACCUCUCGCAUCCGCGAAGGACCCUUGCAAGAAAUCCGGGUGGAAAGUAACAACUCUGUUCGCGUUGUUUUCCAGCAUGUCUCACAUGCACUUGAGUUUGUGAAGUCCAAUGAAGAGAUGCAGCAACGUCUUGGUCAAGGACGUAUCGGCAAAGGCUACACUGUGGAGAUGGCCGACAUCAUCGAUUGGAGUGAUGAUCUGCGUCGUAUGAAACAGCCGUUAAGGGAACGACGCCGCCUUUCCUUCGCUCGGAAGGGACUCUUUACCGGCGGCCUGACUGAGACUAAGUGGAAGCAUGAGAUGCUCACUAUAGCAGGUACUGGAAACGUUGAUUUCCUGUGGGUUUUCAACACUGGUAACGCCACCGCUGUCUUCUCGAGCACCAUUGUUGCUCGUAAGGUUCUGGAUGCCGUUAAUAGAUGGAAGGACAACCGCCGUGAGUAUCUCGGCGUCUCGGUUGGCUACUCCUCGGAUACCUGCGAGAAAGAGCUUAUUCUCCUCAGGGAGAAUAGCCAGCCUUAUUACCACAGGCAUGCACAGCCCAAACGGUUCAUGGCGCCGCGCCGCCGACCCGACUACCGGCAGGGAUAG